AUGGCUUCUCAGCUAGCGUCAAUGCCUCCUGAAGAGAAAGAAGAAGAAGGGGACGGGGACGACGAGGAGGAGCGUUGGACCACUCUUCAGCUAGCAGCGAAAGACGGCGACUUAGCACGCGUCGAGGAGCUUAUCUUGCAAGGUGCCGACGUGAACGCUCCACCGCGAGGCUAUUACGGCAAUACGGCACUCCAAGCGGCUUGUCUAUUCGGCCGCGAAGAUGUUGUUCAUCGACUGGUCUCCGCGGGCGCCCAAGUUGAUGCUCCAGGCGGGAACAAUGGCAACAGAAAAGCUCUACAGCAGGCAUGUUCCAUUGGCCACGCAUCACUUGUCGAGUUUCUGCUCGUUGCUGGCGCAGACGUCAACUCUCCUGCUGGGCGGUACCACGGUCGCACUGCACUCCAAGCAGCCGCUGAGGCAGGUCACUUGACAAUUGUCCAACUUUUACUCAAUGCUGGUGCCAACGUCAACGCACCGCCAGGGGCCACGGCCGGAAUUACUGCUUUGGCAGCUGCCGCUUCAGGUUCGCAUCGGGAUAUAGUAGACUUGCUUUUAGAUAGGGGAGCGGACUUGGACGCGAAGCCAACGAGGCACAAAGGGCUCACGGCUCUUCAAGCCGCUGCCUUGAACGGCAGCCUUGAAAUUGUGAACAGGCUAAUUGAAGCAGGGGCAGAUGUCAAUGCUCGUGGAAGCUCUUUUAAAGGUGGAACAGCAUUGCAUGCCGCUGCCGAGAGGGGACAUGCUAACAUCGUCAAACGACUUAUUGAGUCAGGCGCUAACAUCGAGGCACAAUCAGGCUGGGGAAAUCAGACACCAUUGCAAAGUGCUGCUGUAUGUGGACAGGACGAGAUUAUGGACAUAUUAAUCAGCCACGGCGCUUCUGGGAAUACUAAAGGAGGAACGAUAUUAUUUUAA